AUGCUUCGACUACGGCGUGGGAUACCCCCUGCGGCCACGUUUGCGCAUAUCUGCCGGCCCCAUCUACGAUGCCCGCGACAAUGCUCACCCCUCCGGUUAUUUGCGACAGAGACUCGCCCGGACGACACUUCAAUUCCCACGCCGAAACCCGCCCCUGAUUCCGAAGAUGUGCUCAAUUCAACGAAGACCGCCUCGGAAAAGACUGGAAAGGGAGCGAAAGUCGCGGAAAGGAAAAAAGAGGGCAAAAAGAGAAGAGCUGCUCGUCUUGAAGUAAAAGGAUCUACAGAGGGGACUACUGAAAACGAUAUCAGUGAUGCAUUGGCUGUGGCUAAGAGAGUCUAUGGUAUCGACAAGUCGAAGAAAAAGAAGAAAACCAAGGGAUCCAAGCCAAGGAGUCCAAACGAACAACAGAGGACUGAUAAAGCUGACUCAUCAGAGGCCACCUCUGGGGUAGUUGAUCAGCAGACUGGUGCCUGGGCAUCACUGAAAGAGAAGUUGCAACAAGUGCUGGCUACAGAACCUUCGAAAGACCAGACCGCCCCCCAAGAAGAUCAUACCACUCCCUCUCCCGAACUGGAUCAGCAUACCAUAGCAAACAGCCAUGAGACAGAGCUCAGUGCAGCAGCUCCACCGUUGAAGAAGAAGUCGAAGACUGUCAAAAGGCAGAAGAAGGCUUUGCCUCCAGUUUACACCAUCAAGCCCCAAUACCUCAAGCUGAAAGCAGUUGAAGAAGAAUCCAGGAGAAGCGUCCCCAAGCUAGCCCAUCAGCUGGACAAGGUUCUUUUCAAUGGCGGACCCUACCAACUUCAAGAUCAGCGGACCCGGGUUUACAACUUUGACCCAUACCUUGCUUCAAUUAUGCCCGUUGAUGAGUUUGAUUUCGACGCUCUGAAAGAGUAUGUGACAUCCUCCAAGGACAGUCGGUUGACAGACUUGUGUGCCAAAUAUAAGAAGAAGUACUGUGGUUCAACAUCUAGUAUGACGGCCAUGCUCUCUCAGUUCCACUUUCUUCUCUCAGCGUGGAGACCCUUGAGUUUCAGACACUUAUCCCGCUCUUUCGAGGUCGAGUAUGAUACGUUCACCGUGCUGACCCGAGGUCCUGCUGCCGCAUUCGCCCGUUAUAAAGACGGUGUGUAUGCUAUCGACGCCGACAAAGAAUUCGACACAGCCAACGUUCUGAGCAUGCUCGGGAAAUCAAUGGAAAAACUUCUCACUCUCAAAAAACCCCACUUCGAAAAGUACAGGAGAAGCCGUUCGCAUGAGUUAUCCGAAGAGGAGAAGAAUGCCGAUGAAGCAUUCCAUUUCUCCACACUGGGUGAUUUUAUGAUGCGGUCGCAGCUGGAUGCUCAUGAUCCACGACUUCCAGGAACAGGCAUGUUUGAUCUGAAAACCCGUGCAGUAGUUUCCAUCCGCAUGGAUGUUGGAGGCUAUCAAAAAGGUGUUGGAUAUGAGAUUCGUAGCCGUUUCGGUACUUGGGAGUCUUUCGAACGUGAGUAUUACGACAUGAUCAGAGCGGCGUUCCUCAAGUAUUCUUUGCAAGUGCGCAUGGGCCGAAUGGAUGGUAUAUUCGUUGCGUUCCAUAACACACAACGAAUAUUUGGUUUUCAGUAUAUUAGUCUCGAGGAAAUGGACGAGGCUCUUCAUGGAACUGCGAACCGCAGUGUGGGAGACGAGGAGUUUAAAGUCAGUGUCAAACUCUUGAACGAUCUUUUGGACAGAGCUACGAAGCGUUUCCCUAAAAAGUCACUUCGUUUACACAUCGAGACUCGGCCAACAAACCCCCCUCUCACUUAUUUCUUCGCCGAGCCUGUCAGCGAUGAAGAGAUCCAAAAAACCCAGGAGAAGGGGAGUGAAGCCGUGGCUAUGUUUAAAAACAACAUGUUGCGUAUUCCACAGGAUGAAGAGAACAGCCGAAUGAAUGACGAAGCUGAGCCCCAGACUAAGAAAGAUACUCAAAAGCUAUCAUCGACCGAAAGACAGAAGUCGUGGGAUGAGAUGAUGGCCAAGGUCGACCAAACUGUGGAGGAUGACGCCGCCGGCUUGGAUAGUGUGCGAGAGGCCAUCGAGCAAGCUCUUGAGCAGAGUGGUUUGCUGACUGGGAAGCCCGAGCUGGAGAGAGAAACCUACAUCAACGAACUUGUUGAGGCUCUGGCCGAAGAGCUGAAGGACAACAAAGAAGCAGCUAGUGAACUUGAAGACACAGCUCAGAUGGGAUUAGCAGAAGACGACGCACUGAAUACGAGUGAAUCCUCUUCUGAAACCGAGGAUGCACUGCUCCCAUCCAUUGAGGCAUCUGAAGGCGACAAUUCCAACAAUGACGUGUAUUCUAAAGAUGUGGAAUACGCUGGUAAAGAGACAGAGCCUGGCCUCACCGAAGAUGUCGAGACUAGGGCUGAGGAUGAAGGGCAUAGUUCCAUACUUAGCGACGCUGUCGAUGGAACUGACAUCUCAUUAAACAGCGACGACUCAGCAGAUGCUACUCUCAAGGACCUUAUCAUCAAGUUUGCUCAAGGUGUUGACAACAACCAGAGCAAUCUGGGGACAUUUGAACGAGUUUUGUCGGAAUUGGUGCGAGACCAGAAGGAGCCGGCUAGCGAGGUUGAUGAAAGCAACACAGCCACCAUUGACGUUUCUCCAACAGAAUCUGUGAAGACCUCUGGAGCAGACAAACCCUCACUGACAGAAGAAGAAAGAUCCGACGAAGAAAGUGACAGCAUACCAAAGAAGGACAUUCUUGGUUUGUAUGUCACAGUCCGCAACAUGGUCGACGGCGAGGUCGUGGAACGUAUCUCGUGCGCCGACCAAGAGGAACCAAUCAACUGGAAAGUGGAAUACACCGUCGUGGAGCUUCAAGCAGACAGAGCGCGUAAAAUUUUGAAGGAACUCAAGAAGCGCAGGAAGAAGGCGCUUGUAUCAACCCCUGAGGAUCGUGAGAGGGAAUGGCACAGAAUGUGGGGGGGAACGCUACCAGAACGCACAGAAGCUGGGAGGAAGUAUAGAGACUCGGUCAUGCAGAGGGAGGAGCAGACAGGCGUUAAGCUUGCAUGGGAAGCUGACGCAAGAAAUAAGACUAACAUGAAUAAGCGGAAAGAGGCGCAUUCGCGUAAGGGCUCGGAAAAGAGAGGUCGGUCGAAGGAGAAAACGAAGACGAAGAAGGGGGAAAAGACAUCUCCGAUAAAGGAGUAG